AUGGAAAAUAUGAUAACAAUCAAAGAUAUAUUGUCUAUUCUGACGAUAAGAAGAAAGAUAUUCAUUCAAGUUGAGCAAUUAUCCAAACUAGGAGGAUAUAAAGGUGCAAUAAAUGGGAAAAGAUUGGUCGAGGUAUUUGGUCUGAUUGGAAUGAUCUCUAGGUAUGGCAUGCCUUGGGACUUUAUCAAACACUAUAUAAAUGCUGCAACAAUCAAUAGUAUUGAUACUACAUUACGAUUCAAGGCAAUUAUAUGUUAUAUGCAACAUACAAAUGCUACAGUUUACACUUUGGACAAAUUACUCUCUCAUCUAUGGUAUGAAGGUGGUGGUAGUGAAGAUGAUGAUGAUGAUGGUUUUAAAGAACUUAAAGAUCAUCUAAAUACACAACAUUUUGAUGUAAUAGUAAAGAAUAAUAGAUUAGAUAUAUUACAAUACAUAAAUGAUCGUCAUUUAAAAGACAACAACAAUAAUAACAAAGAAGGAAAAGGAGGAGGAAGGAUAAUAAGAGUAACAAAACAAGCAUUUGAUAACGCAUGUGAAAGAAGAGAUAAUUUAGAGUUGAUCACUUUUUUACAUAAUACUGGUAACACCUGUACAUCUUUGGCAAUGGAUAUAGCUGCAUGUUAUGGAAACAUAAAUAUCAUCCAAUUCUUAUAUUUAAAUCGUAGUGAAGGGUGUAGUGUAUACGCUGUCAACGAUGCUGCCACAGCCGGCCACAUUGAAACUAUUAAAUAUCUAUUUGAAAUUGGGUAUAAAGAAUGUUCAAAGAGUGCAAUGGACAGGUACGUAACUGUACAAUAUUAUUAG